UGUUACCAUUCUCUCUCUCUCUCCACCACCCCAACCCCAAUUCUUCAUCUUUUGUACGCUGUACCUUCUCUUCCUCCAUUUUCUCUCCAAAAAUUAAACCUUUACCUUCUCCACAACAAUCCCUUUUCUUCUCACUUCCUCAUAUUUUGCACUUCUUAUCUUCUUCUCUAAGCACCUUUGCUUCUCAACAACAAUGGUUUCAUUUUCAGUUGAAGGAACUGUGUGGUGCUGUGUGUUAAUGGUUAUUAUAACUGUGAGUUUUGCUGGGGACAUAGUACACCCUGAUAAUAUUGCUCCCAAGAGACCUGGUUGUGAUAACAACUUUGUUCUGGUUAAAGUCCCAACUUGGAUUAAUGGUGUGGAGAACUGUGAGUAUGUUGGUGUUGGUGCAAGAUUUGGCCCUACAUUGGAAUCUAAAGAAAAACAUGCCACCCAUACUAGAGUCGCCAUUGCGGACCCUCCUGAUUGUUGUAGCAAGCUGAAGAAUAAGCUCACUGGCGAGAUCAUUUUGGUGCACCGAGGACAAUGUAGUUUCACAACCAAGGCAAAUAUAGCUGAAGAAGCUGGUGCUUCAGCGAUCCUCAUUAUAAAUAAUCGGACAGAACUUUUCAAGAUGGUUUGUGAAGAGAAUGAAACUGAUAUUGAUAUUGGAAUUCCUGCUGUGAUGCUUCCACAAGAUGCUGGUGAAAACAUUAAAAGUCAUAUACAAAACAAAUCGAUAGUGUCUGUGCAGUUAUACUCUCCGCUGCGCCCAUUAGUUGAUGUAGCGGAAGUGUUUUUAUGGCUUAUGGCUGUUGGUACCAUUCUCUGUGCUUCUUAUUGGUCUGCCUGGACAACCAGAGAGGCUGCUGUUGAGCGGGAGAAGCUAUUAAAGGAUGCUUCGGAUGAAUAUUUGAAUACUGAGAAUGCUGGUUCUACUGGUUAUGUAGAAAUCAGUACCAUGGCAGCAAUUUCUUUUGUUGUGAUCGCUUCUUGUUUCUUGCUUAUGCUUUACAAAUUAAUGGCAUCCUGGUUUAUUGAAGUUCUGGUGGUUCUAUUUUGCAUUGGUGGUGUUGAGGGACUGCAAACUUGCUUGGUGGCUCUGUUAUCAUGUUUCAGAUGGUUUCAACAUGCUGGGCAAACAUUUGUAAAAAUACCCUUCUUUGGAGCUGUCUCAUAUUUGACGCUUGCUAUGACUCCCUUCUGCAUAGUAUUUGCCGUGCUUUGGGGAGUUUUUCGACACGUAUCUUUUGCAUGGAUUGGACAAGAUAUUCUUGGAAUUGCAUUGAUAAUUACGGUUCUUCAGAUUGUCCGCAUACCAAAUCUCAAGGUUGGAACUGUUCUUCUUAGUUGCGCCUUUCUAUAUGACAUCUUCUGGGUGUUUGUCUCUAAGUGGUGGUUCCAUGAGAGCGUAAUGAUAGUGGUAGCUCGAGGCGAUAGGAGUGGAGAAGAUGGUAUCCCCAUGCUGCUUAAAAUACCGCGUCUGUUUGAUCCUUGGGGUGGUUACAGCAUAAUUGGUUUUGGGGACAUAAUCUUACCAGGGCUUCUAGUGGCAUUUUCACUAAGGUAUGAUUGGCUGGCAAAGAGGAACCUUCGGUCUGGAUACUUCGUGUGGGCAAUGAGUGCUUACGGUUUAGGUCUCCUUAUCACAUAUGUUGCUUUGAACUUGAUGGAUGGGCAUGGUCAACCAGCAUUGCUUUAUAUCGUCCCGUUUACUCUUGGCACAUUUUUGUCAUUGGGAAAGAAGAGAGGUGAACUCAAGCUUUUAUGGACAAGAGGGGAACCAGAAAUGCCUUGCCCUCAUAACCAAGAGUCUCAAUAAUGAACGAAGUGAUAAUAGGGAUAGUAGUAUAGUGUAUCAUAGGUGUUAGUUUAAUAGGAGACUGAUAGAAACUCUAGGAGACCAUGUAAACAUUUGGAACUGUCAUAACAAAAUUUCAACCAAAUCAUGUUAUUAGCAUGUACUUAUAGUUAUAUCAACAGCUAAGACUUUAAGAUACUAUUACUUUUGUUA